AGAUAUCAUGGGAGAACACGUUGGGCUCGCCCAACGGCGUGCCCUUCGAUGACGAUACGAAGGAACUGUUAAAGAAGUGCCUCGAUGUCUCCGUGCCGCCACCAACUAGCAUAGCGGAGCUAAUCAGACGAAGCAAUGCGUUCCCCGUGAAGUUCCCAAUUAAUACUAUGAGAUGCACCGCUCUGAAGGACAGGGGGAUCAGCGCGGAUAUUAUUGAAUUAAAUGCAAAUUCGGUAUAUCCAUUAAUACAUGAAGCGAUGUUGCCCUUGAUUGCUCGAUGGCUAAAACACAAGCGAUUGUACGGUAGCACUGUUGAGAAAGUUAUGUACGCAGACAUGAGUCUCAUCCAAUUCAUUCAUCGUCUAUUGGAGAAGAGGGCAGCCUCCUUCUGCGGUCCCAACGAUCGAUGGAAAUUAUUGGAUAACAAGACUGGUUUCGACGGAUGGGAGAGCGUCGGUACGGAUAACGAGAAGGAGCCAUUGGUAACUAUGUAAAGUCCCUUUAAUUAAGACUUGUUAUCUUACUUUACAAAAUAUAUUACAUUACAAUGAGUAAAGUGUGUAAAUGAGA